CUUUCAUUUGUAAAACUUCGGCUCAAGUUAUAUGGGCCAACCUCUAUAAUGUAUUGUGCCGCGUUGGAAUAAGACCUGGCCUAACAACUGGACACAUCUUUGCUUCUUUAUGUAACAGCCCGCAACGGCUGGCUCCGUUCUGUCCGUAUUGAGCAAUACUUCCAUGGCACGAGGUUCGCAAUUGAAUGGAAAAAUAAGGACGCACCUGCACACCUGCAAUGCUUGCGAUACGUAGUCAACGUAGCCUGCAGCAUAUAGUAGCGAAAAACUUCGACCCUCAACGCUUGGCUAUGCAAGCUUUCAUUCGCUAAAGUUAUCGGAAACAGUAUUUAGCAAGGGAAUGGCAGCAAAAUUCCUACUUGUGACAAUCUUGUUAUUUGCGUCUGCGGAAUUGCUGAAUUUUCAGAGGCAGAAAUUACAACCCGUUUGCAGGAAAGCUCUGAAAAUCAGAAAGUUUGUGAAUACACAGGAAGCUAUAUGGACCCACAGUACGACCGCGAGAUUCUAUAUUCGUUGUAAAGUGGACGUACGGACCAGCAUCACUAAAAAAUUAAUUUCAUUCAGAAGAAAAUAUUACACUGACGAGGGAAGGCAUUGGCUCGCUAAGAAACUUGACGGACUCUUUUCAGAGAAACAAAAGGAUGUCAUGCAAAUCUGUCCUCCAGGUGAGAGGGUCACCGAAAAGGAGGCUGUUCUCUACAUAGGUGCAAAGUAUGACUGCGCACUGAUCAAGGUUACACCAGCGGCUCACGAUCAUAAAUCACAUUUCGACCUCCGAGUGUGGAAUUCCUCGAUCAUACAUGGCGUUGACCCAAGUUGCCUUAGAAUGUUUGCUGGGUUCAAGGAACAUGGACGAGUUAUUUAUGGACCCCGGUGUCAAGAUAUACUUACGGUCCACUCAAAUGGUCUAACCGUGUUCUCCAGUAAUUAUCGAGAAGGAACAAGGCAUGGAUAGCAGUGGUUUGUAAUGUUUUUAACUUUUCUGAUAUAUGAGUUAUGAAGAAAAGAAACAUAUAAACGAAAUAAUACAAUUCUGGAGCAACGGGACAAUAUUGCGGGGUUAAUAAAAAAAAUUGGCUCGAGCA